AUGGAACGUAUAUGUUUGAUUCUUUUGCUGUUAUAUAAAUUAUCGAUAGUGAAGGCACAAUUCAAUGGAUUCAACUGUGAUGCCAACUUUCAUAGCCGUUUUCCUGCUGAGCGGGACAUCAGUGUGUACUGUGGGGUGCAAACCAUCACUCUGAAGAUUAAUUUCUGCCCAGUGCUUUUCUCCGGCUACACCGACACUGACCUGGCUUUGAACGGCCGCCAUGGCGAUGCCCACUGCAGAGGGUUCAUUAACAACAACACCUUCCCUACGGUGGUGCUGUUCAGCAUCAGCCUGAGCACGCUGGAGGCCUGUGGCAACUCGCUAGUGGUGGCCACGGCUCACGGGCCCAAUGCCUAUGGAAACCUGUCAUUGGUGCAGAUUGGGAGUAUAUCAGGCUACAUUGACACACCUGACCCUCCAACUGUCAUCAGCUAUCUGCCUGGCCUGCUUUAUAAGUUCAGCUGCAGCUAUCCACUGGAGUACCUGGUGAACAACACUCAGCUAGCAUCGUCUGCGGCAGCCAUUUCAGUGAAGGACAGUAAUGGUACAUUUGUGAGCACGCUGAACCUGCUGCUGUACAACGACUCCACAUACAUCCAAAAUCUGGCCAUCCCCAUGGCUGGCCUCACUCUGAAGACCCGUGUGUUUGCUGCUGUGAAGGCCACUAACCUGGACAGAAGGUGGAAUGUGCUGAUGGAUUACUGCUACACCACUCCCUCUGGGAAUCCUAACGACCAGCUUCGAUACGACCUUUUCUUUGGAUGUGAUAAGGACCCUCAGACAACCGUGUUUGAGAAUGGGAAGAGCCAGAUGGGUCGGUUCUCCUUUGAGGUGUUCCGCUUUGUCAAGCACAAGAACCAGAAGAUGUCUACCGUUUUCCUGCACUGCGUGACCAAACUGUGCCAAGCUGAUGACUGUCCCAUGCUCAUGCCGAUCUGUGGGAAGCGUAAGAAAAGGGACGUGACGGAAAGCACAGACUCUCAUGCAGCAUCUGGGAAUGCUGUUUUAACUGCAGGACCCAUUAUUACCAGGAGCGAAGAAACCCCAACCAAUAACUCUCAGCUAGCUCAGCUAAACAGCACUCCAUUGAAGAUGAACUCCGUAACAAGUGCACUGGUUUCAGGCAUCAUCAUCCUCGCAGUAAUGAGCAUAUGUUUCUUCAUCUUCUCGCUGACGCUCCUGAAGGGGAAACGGCCUCCACCAAUGCCGCUGUCAGGAGCCCACAACCCUGCUUUCAGCUAA